AGGCGAACGGCCAUUUUCUUGGCCGGGGAGCUGGAGCCGGAGAGGGAUCGGGCUUCGAAGGGCAGUGCUGCCACUCCAGCUCAACACGUAGACCCUCUCCGACUGGGUGUUUUUUAAGAAAAAAUAAACAUAAAAUUUGUUUUUAAGUAGAAGUAGGGGGGGGACGGGGCAAUCUUCUUUGCGGGUUUUCUGUCUCUGUGUGUGUGUGUGUGAAUCGGUCGUCCCGCUGCGAGCCGGCGGCGAGCGCGUCGUUGAGCGAUGGACGAGAAGGCGUUCACCAAGGAGCUGGACCAGUGGAUCGAGCAGCUGAACGACUGCAAGCAGCUGACCGAGAGCCAAGUGAAGACGCUGUGCGAGAAGGCUAAAGAAAUUUUGACAAAAGAAUCAAAUGUGCAGGAGGUCCGAUGUCCUGUUACCGUCUGCGGCGAUGUCCAUGGGCAAUUUCAUGACCUCAUGGAACUUUUUAGAAUUGGAGGCAAAUCACCAGACACAAACUAUCUUUUUAUGGGAGAUUAUGUUGACCGAGGUUAUUAUUCAGUUGAAACAGUCACACUCCUUGUAGCUCUUAAGGUACGUUAUCGUGAACGUAUCACAAUACUUCGAGGGAAUCACGAGAGCAGACAAAUCACACAAGUGUAUGGCUUCUAUGAUGAAUGUUUAAGAAAAUAUGGAAAUGCCAAUGUGUGGAAAUAUUUUACAGAUCUCUUUGAUUAUCUUCCGCUCACUGCCUUGGUAGAUGGCCAGAUCUUCUGUCUCCAUGGAGGUCUUUCUCCUUCCAUAGAUACACUGGAUCACAUCCGAGCACUUGAUCGCCUUCAGGAGGUUCCACAUGAGGGUCCAAUGUGUGACUUGUUAUGGUCAGAUCCAGAUGACCGUGGAGGCUGGGGUAUAUCCCCCAGAGGUGCUGGUUACACCUUUGGUCAGGAUAUUUCUGAGACUUUUAACCAUGCAAAUGGCCUUACUUUGGUCUCGCGAGCACAUCAGCUGGUUAUGGAGGGUUACAACUGGUGCCAUGAUCGCAACGUAGUGACCAUUUUCAGUGCUCCAAACUACUGUUAUCGUUGUGGUAAUCAAGCUGCAAUAAUGGAACUUGAUGACACCCUUAAAUAUUCUUUCCUGCAGUUUGAUCCAGCACCUCGCAGAGGUGAACCACAUGUUACUCGUCGCACCCCAGAUUACUUCCUGUAAAAUCUUAUGUACAGUAUUGCCAUGAAUUAAAAGUUGGCCUGACAAUUGGAAGAGCAACAGUAACUUCAAAUUACAAGCGAGGAUCUCAAACAUUCAGAACCCUUCUGUCGUCACGGACCAAAAGACGUGCCAUAAUAAAUACAAACCUCAGUCUGCAAACAUCACAUUGUUCUACUUGAGCACCUGUUCAUCAAUGCAUGCUGAUGUGUGAAAAUUAUGGGUUGAGAACCGUGGUUUGAGCCUAGUUUGUAGUUACUUUUGCUUUUUCAGAGAUUGCAGAGAUAAAGAUGUAAACAUUAAAACCUGCACCUCGUGAUAAUUCAUUUAGCUAUAGCAUACCAAGCAUGACUUGUAGAUAAACGAUAGCAGUAAACAAUCAAUGGAGCUUAAAAGAACAUUUUAAAAUACAACGGCCUCUAUUUGUGUGAGUACUGAAAUUUUGUUUCAGGGAAUACUGAUUAAUUUAAUUUGUCUCUACUGUUUCCCAUGUAUUUUUCAUAAUGUCUAAAUCAAAUAAGUUGUAUGGAACAAAACUUUCCUUUUAAAGAAUCGUGGCAGAUGUCUGCUAUGUUGUUUUCCAUAAAAUUAUGAACCAAGAAUUGAAAUACUUCAUAUUUUAAAUGUAUCGGGAUGGAAGACAUAAUGAUGCCUUUAUGUAAAAUGGUUACACUAACAUUUGAGUUGUGUAUCAAAGGCUCCAGGUUAAAAUAAUAAAGACUGAAAUUACUCGUACAGGAUAUGUUUUUGCAUUUAAGAGGAGCCAAAUGGCCAAUUUGCAUCUCUUCAGUUUCCCAAUAAAAUGUGAUUAGAAAUGAGGAAAAUGCAUAACAUGGCAUAAAAGUAUCCAGCAUAAAGUUACAUAAAUUCACUGCUCAUUGACUACUAUAAUUGCUCUUGCAUGUGUUGUAAUUAGUUUUGAAGCACCAAGACCGUAGUCAGUAUUAUAUAGUUCUUCAUGGUUUUCUAAAACCAGUCCUUCAGUUUUCCUGGCAGUAAUUUAUAAAAGUUAUUGUCCUGUCUUUCAAGACAACAAUAGUCACUUAUUUAAAUUUAGCUAAAUCCUGCACCAUCCAAUUUCAACAAAAUGCGUAAUCUAACUUCAAUUAAAAUGUUUGUCUCUGUUUUUGUAGCUAUGCUGUGUUUGGGUUUAGUUCUUCUGGACCCAUUUGUUCUGCUUGAUAAUCCAGUUGUUGGGACCAUUGAGGUGCCAUAUUGGUUUGGUACUGUCUUGCGAUUUUAUAAAUGGCUGCCAUAAUAUUUGAUUCAAUGUGUGUCUUGAUCAUUUUAUGGACAUGGGUGCUCUUGUGUGUGAGAAUUCUGGCUUUAUUUAAAAAAAAAGGGAGAGCCAGAAGAGGAAGAAAGUAUACAUGGAAGGGUUUAAUGAAGAGGAAUGGGUGAGGGUUUUUGUGGGGCACUUGUUGGUCUUGGCUUAAUUUCUGAGCUGUAAAUAUCUGGUUUAUGAAGUCAAAAUCGAAGCAAUGACCUAGUUCUCUUGCAAUGUGGAAAAGUUGGAAUCAACCGAUUCACACAAAGUGCUUGUUUGUUUACAGAUAUCUGUAAUCACUUAUUAAAAUAGUUUAGUUCCAUAUUAAUGCAUGAAGAAAAUGAGUUUCUGAGGAUUCUGUUUCAUCAAUUAGUCUAAGAAUAGCACGGAGAAGAAAAAAAAUUGCAAGAGAGAAUUGCAUGAUUCAAUAAGGUUGCUGGUAUAGCCACAUAAACUUGAAGAAUCCGCAGUGAAAUAUUUGUCCUGUCUUGGUGUCCUAUAAAGUUCAGGUCCUUGAUUUAUUUGUUUUAUUGCUUAUCUAUACUUUAUAUAAAUGACAACAGAACUAUUGAAAACUUUCAUGUUCUGAAGGCACAAAAUUGUACCAGACCAAUAUGUUGAAUUUUAACCUCAUUCUCUCCAGGGUAAACAUGCAAGUGAUGUUUUAUCCACAUUAUCGCAUUGCAGAUGAGGGAACAGUUUGAACAUUCUGUGAAUACAGGAAUUGCAUAUCCACUCUUGCUCUUCAUGGGGAGCAGCAUUUACCUAUAUUGGAAACGAGAUAAUUUGAGAUGUGCAAAACCAGAACUCUGAGGGUGAACACUGGACAGAAACUAUUGGGUCCCCGGGGUGGACUUGGAGAGUUACGAACCACCUAUGCUCUGUGCAUUGUAUCCUAGAAUUAUGAACUUUGUUAACAUUAACUUUCUUAUGCAACUCUGGACAUGGCUGGUUUAGUUACUGUCACUGGUUGAAUGUAAACUGAAACCAUCCUUGUCUUUGAUCAGGCCAUUUGAUUGGUACAUUCUUCAGUUCUUGUAAGUGAAUGAUGUGCCUCUAAACUUGUGUUCUGGUAGCUUAGCCAACUCCAAUAGAGAUACAUUCCAGUUAUAAUGUAUUUAUGUAUUAAAUUUAUUGUCUCCAUGUAAUCUUUAUUAUAAAGAUGAAUUCAUAUAUAAUACCUUUUUACUUGGAGUUGUGCAUUGUCAUUAUAACAAAUUUUCAUAAGCUUUACCAGAAUGGCAAGUGUAAGUUAGUUGCUUUUCAAUAUGGUGGCCAUCCCUUUUACAGCAUUUGAUAGUGAUAAUUUACAGUUCAUUUUUUGUGGGACUAUAUAUCUGAAAUUUGUUGAACCAAUAAAAAUAGACUAAAGUU